GACCACAGAAUGAAGACCGCACAGCUUUCACUCCUCUAUCUACUCGUGUGCUGUCAGAUUUCAGGGGCUUUAACCGAUGAACUGGUGGUUUUAGGGCAAAAUGUGACUAUAGUCUGUGAAUUUCAUUUAAAAGCAAUUUUUUGGUUCAAGCUGAAUCAACCAGAUGCUCCAGUGGAAAUAAUGCGAACUUUCGGAUCACCUAAAGAGCCUGCAUAUAGUAAUUCAAAAUUCAGCAACAAAUAUUCAGAGGGAGAUUUGGGCUGUUUAUUUAUCAGUCACAUCACUGCUGAUGAAUUGGGAAGUUAUUACUGUGUAAAGCCAGGCGAAUCUCUAAAGCUCAGCAAAGGUAUCAGAGUUUACACCAGUGGUCAGAAUCUGACACAACAUCACACAGCUUAUCAGAUUUUGACGGUUACUUUCAGCUUACUCAGCGUUGUGCUGUUUGUUGCUAUAAUAGGCCUAUUGAAGAUCAACCAUAAACUAUGCAAGAAAAGUCCUGUAUAUGAAAAUGUUGAACUAGAACAGUCUUACUACACAAAUGGUGAUGAGUUUUCAGGAGUGAAGUUCCGUGUGUACGACAAAGGAACAACUUCCAGUCAAACCAACAGCACUUCUGAUCCUCAACCAACCAAAAAGCCGACAUAUCUACAUAUCUUACCCAAUUAAUCAGUCAGUUAAUCUGCGUGCACUUUUAUGUCUGCAAACAUCUGUUUUUGAGAUUGUUUGAUUCGUUCUUUUGUGUUUUGUAAAAUUUGCUUCAUCCAGUUAGUUUUUUUUUUUUUUUUUUUUUUUGGCCGAGUUUUAAUUUUUUACCUGCAUGUCAGGUUGUAGUAACUGUUCAUGUUACUCUGUCAUACAAGUUAAACACACACACAAUGGGGUCCGAAGAUCUGAGACCACUUUGAAAAUCGGGGAUUAAAACAUGUCAUGUAAACCGGGAUGAAUAAAGUUUUAGGAUUAUAAAACAUUUGAAAUUGAAGAAAAGUUAUGAUGUAAAUUGAAUAAGAAAUAUCUAAGAUUCUGCUCUGUUUCUACAUUGACCAUGUUAGCUUAUUUGUACUAAAGCUCAGAUUUUCUUGCUUCCACUGAAGUACACAAGAUGCUCUUUGGAACAAUCUCAAAUCGUGCUGGAUAACAUGAUCAUCUGGUUUUGUUCAUGCCAGGUUUUGAGUGCAUGCUGACAUUAAAUCAUUAGGGGACAUACAAAAUUCACUCAAAUGGCAUUCUGAAUGUAAGUUGUAUUAAAUCAGAAAAAUGAAAAAUAGAAGCUAUUUCAUUUGUGGUCUCAGAUUUGUGGACCACUCUGCAGGAACCAAAAUGUUACUUGUUCAGAGCCAUUGGACAAACUACAAAACCCUUGUUAAUAUAACACCUCAAUUAAUUCAAGUCAAAA